GUAAUCACGUUCAAAUGUAUGCGUGCCUUUUUAGUAGAUGUAGUUGUGAAACUGCGAGGAAAAUAUUUGCACUCUUGCCCCGGACGUUAGUUUUAUCAUUAUUUACCCGUUUUACCCAAUUCGAUUGGGUAAUAUUUGCAUAUGCAAUCUGAAUAGCCUUUCAAUCGGCGUGCACUUUUGUGUGAGGAAAAAUUUGCGCUAGUGUUCGUGUGUUGAAAUGUCACUUAUCUCUAUUCGCGUGUUGUGGUUCCAGUGGAACGGUGAAAAAUCUGCAAUUGGAUCACCCUGGGUGAAAGAUUGCGACGUCGGCACUGAAGCUGAGGCUCCGUAACAUUAGAUGAGCUGCGGAAAAUAAAAGACGUGAUUACAAUCAUCGAUCAGAUCGGAUCGGAGUGUGGGUGCGUGAGUGAGUGCUUGAAGAGCUGUUUGGUUGGCUCAACCACGGCCAGCAGAACCAAAUAAACUAGCGAUUCCGGCUGUUGGGAAAACAAAUAAUAGAAGCAUUCGACCGGAGGACCGUGUUACUUCAGCAUGGCACCUGUUCGAGGAGAUGGAAUGCGCGGCCUGGCCGUGUUCAUUUCCGACAUACGCAAUUGUAAAAGUAAAGAAGCGGAAAUCAAGCGUAUCAACAAGGAGCUCGCCAACAUCAGGAGCAAAUUUAAAGGCGACAAAACGCUGGACGGCUACCAGAAGAAAAAGUACGUCUGUAAGCUACUGUUUAUCUUUCUGCUAGGCCAUGACAUCGAUUUCGGCCAGAUGGAGGCGGUCAACUUGCUGUCUUCGAACAAAUACUCCGAGAAGCAAAUUGGUUACCUGUUCAUCUCGGUGUUGGUCAAUACCAACAGCGACCUGAUCAAGCUGAUCAUCCAGAGCAUCAAGAACGACUUGCAGUCCCGUAAUCCGAUUCACGUAAAUCUGGCCCUGCAGUGCAUUGCCAACAUCGGAAGCCGUGAUAUGGCCGAGGCUUUCUCGACUGAAAUCCCAAAGCUGCUGGUUUCCGGCGAUACGAUGGACGUGGUGAAACAGUCGGCCGCUUUGUGCUUGCUGCGCUUGUAUAGGACUUGUCCGGAUAUCAUUCCGGGAGGCGAAUGGACCACUAGGAUCAUCCAUCUUUUGAACGAUCAGCAUAUGGGUGUCGUAACGGCGGCCACGAGUUUAAUCGAUGCUCUGGUAAAGAAGAAUCCAGACGAAUAUAAGGGAUGCGUCAGUUUGGCCGUUUCCAGAUUGUCUCGGAUUGUGACCGCUUCCUACACUGACUUGCAGGAUUACACGUACUAUUUUGUUCCGGCUCCUUGGCUCUCGGUUAAACUGCUACGCUUGUUACAAAACUACAAUCCUCCGACAGAGGAUCCCGGUGUAAGAGGUCGCUUGAAUGAGUGUUUGGAAACGAUUCUGAACAAAGCUCAGGAACCUCCCAAGAGCAAAAAAGUCCAACAUUCCAAUGCAAAGAAUGCAGUUCUGUUUGAAGCAAUAAAUCUCAUUAUUCACAACGACAGUGAAGCAAACCUAUUGGUUCGAGCUUGCAAUCAGCUGGGACAAUUCCUGAGCAAUCGUGAGACAAACCUACGCUACCUUGCGCUGGAAUCGAUGUGUCACCUGGCCACGUCCGAGUUCUCCCACGAAGCCGUCAAGAAGCACCAGGAAGUGGUCAUCCUUUCGAUGAAAAUGGAAAAGGAUGUCUCGGUGCGUCAGCAAGCGGUCGAUCUCCUCUACGCCAUGUGUGACCGCACAAACGCCGAGGAAAUUGUUCAGGAAAUGCUGAACUAUCUCGAAACAGCCGACUACUCGAUUCGCGAAGAGAUGGUUUUGAAGGUGGCUAUCCUGGCUGAAAAAUAUGCCACCGAUUUCACGUGGUACGUGGAUGUAAUUCUGAAUCUUAUUCGAAUCGCCGGAGACUACGUUUCCGAGGAAGUAUGGUAUCGCGUAAUCCAGAUUGUCAUUAACCGAGAAGAAGUCCAAGGCUACGCGGCAAAAACCGUUUUUGAAGCUUUGCAAGCACCAGCAUGUCACGAGAAUAUGGUCAAAGUGGGCGGCUACAUUCUCGGCGAAUUCGGAAAUCUGAUCGCCGGAGAUUCCCGUUCCGCUCCAAUGGUCCAGUUCAAGCUUCUACAUUCAAAAUACCAUCUUUGUUCAUCAAUGACUCGCGCUCUGCUUCUCUCGACCUACAUAAAAUUCAUCAACCUUUUCCCCGAGAUUCGUUCCACCAUCCAGGAUGUCUUCAGACAGCACAGUAAUCUCCGUUCGGCCGACGCCGAGCUUCAGCAAAGAGCCAGCGAAUACCUUCAACUCAGUAUCGUAGCAUCUACGGACGUUCUGGCCACGGUUCUGGAGGAGAUGCCAUCCUUCCCCGAGCGGGAGAGCUCGAUUCUGGCCGUACUGAAGAAGAAGAAACCCGGACGGGUUCCGGAGAAUGCAGAGAUCCGGGAUAACAAGAGCCCGGUGCCGAAUGCCCACAACAACGCUCACGCUGCUCAAACCAAUCACACUGUGAGCCUCAAUUCAACGGCUAGCUCGGAUCUGCUCGGAUUAAGCACACCACCGGCUAAUCAGUCGCAAACCGGAACACUAAUUGACGUGCUCGGAGAUAUCUACAGUGCUACCAACGGCACCGGCAAUGUGAUUAACAAUGCCAAAAAAUUCGUCUUCAAAAACAACGGCGUACUGUUCGAGAACGAUCUGCUGCAAAUCGGAGUCAAGAGCGAGUUCCGUCAGAACCUGGGUCGCCUUGGUCUGUACUAUGGUAACAAGACGCAAACGGCGUUGCAAAAUUUCGUCCCAACACUGCAGUGGUCUGCCGAGGAUGCGCUGAAGCUGAACGUACAGAUCAAAGCAGUGGAACCGACGUUGGAAGCCGGAGCACAAAUCCAGCAACUGCUGACGGCCGAAUGUAUCGACAACUACAGCGAAGCGCCGUCCAUCGUUAUCAGCUUCCGGGUGAACGGUGGAGCACCGCAGAAGAUCACCGUUCUGCUGCCAUUGACCAUCAACAAGUUCUUCGAGCCAACGGAGAUGAAUGCCGAAUCGUUCUUUGCCCGGUGGAAGAAUCUCGGAGGCGAGCAACAACGAGCGCAACGAGUCUUCAAAGCCCAGCAACCGUUGGAUCUACCCGGCGCCCGUAACAAACUAAUGGGCUUCGGAAUGCAAUUGCUGGAAGGCGUCGAUCCCAAUCCGGACAACAUGGUUUGCGCGGGAAUUAUCCACACGCAGGCCCACAAGGUGGGCUGCCUACUGCGCCUGGAGCCGAACAAGCAAGCACAGAUGUUCCGUCUGACGAUUCGCUCCAGUUUAGAGAACGUCACGCAGGAAAUGUGCAAUCUGCUGGUAGACCAAUUUUAAGCGCGUAAGAGAGAAACGCUCGACGCGUUUCUGAUUCCUUUCGAUGUAAAUUAUGCUGGUAUGUAGUGAUGUUGAUUAAUAUUAGUAGGAAACACUGACGUGGUUUUCGUUCUUCGCCAUACGGAAGAAAGUCAUGUGUGAGCAUACGAUACAUACCACACAGAAGCAACAAUAAUGAGAAUAAUAUUGAUAUAGAUUGUGCUGAAUCGCAGGCUUAUUAUGGUGAGAAACAUUUUCGAAUCGUGGAGCGAGGAUGGGUGCAACAUGAGACACUGUUUCAGUUGAAUAAAUUACUAAUGCCUAAUUCGAGAAAAGCUUUUGCUAAAACAAUCUGUUCGGAGAAAUGUAAUAACAUAACAAUAUAGCAAUCAAUAUGCAACCAAAUCUAGCUGAUCGACAUCCGUUCGGUGUCGGUGCACAGUGUAAGGCAGUUCGCUUCAAACGUGUUUACUUCGAGCGAUAACGAUUUAUCAAGUUUCGCGCAUUCUCGCUCCAUCGUUUGCCUGCUACAGUGUAUCAAAGAAUUAGGCUGAACGUGUAUUACAAAUGAGUAAGCAAAAGAUAAUGUAAACCCUAUAAUAACGAUUAUGAUUCCUUUGUUGAAAUUUAUUAUAGAGAAAGUAUUUUGGACUACCGAAGACAAGUUGAUUUAGUUUUAUCUUUACCCAAAAUUUACAAUCUAAAAAUCUCAUUUACUGCAUAGACAUACUACAAAACGGCAGACAUUAGGGAACUACCUAACUAGAGGACAAUUAGAUUACUAGUAGUAAAACGAGUAGAUAUUGUGAAACUGAGACACAAGGAUCAAAGAUAUUUGCGGAACGUUGAAACACGCAAAAGAUUUCAUCGUGAAUCAAGGCUGACAUUUGCAGUAAAUAAAUGGAACACAGAAAUCAUCACACAUACGCACCGUUGUACAUGUAUUGUUUGCGCGUUUCAUAUGUCGUUCUGAAUUUGGGAAACCCAGAAAAUUAUUGCACAAAGCAUGAUCAUCAUUGGUGCAAUAUAAUAGACAUGUUUGUUUAGAAAUUGGGAGCAAAAUGCAAACUGCUGCAAUCCUAAUGCCCCAAACUGUGGCCGACACUCGAAAUCGUAAUCGCAUAGGUCCAUUAUUAUCAGUGGUACCACCAACCACCUUCCGUAGCCAGUUUGUUAACGAAUUCGUACCUAUGCCUUCGUACUGCUUGUAACUUUAGUGACAUAAGUUUGCGUUUUUUAAUGUUGUAUUCCACACACUUUUAUAAUUCAUGUAUGAAUGCAUCGUUACUAAUAUAUUACGUUAUACUAUUUGUAUAUCAUGAUCAAGACAAGCGAAAACAAACCUAAAGGAACAAUGAAAAAUACAGAGCAACUCAUAAUAGUAUAUGUAAAAUGUUCGCUGAGCUCUUUCUUUCAACCAAAACAAAUCGAUUCCAACAUCUAUUCACACUGUCCAUACAACUAUUAGGGGACGAUAAUGAGAUACAUAGAAAAUACACAUACAAAACGCAAAUAACAAUUCCCCAGUCCUCUUGAUAUGGUGUAACGACAGACAAACAAGCAGAAUUUACUACGUAUUCAAUAUUCUCUAUUGGUUAAAAGAAUAACCUACUGUUUACAAAACAAAGAACACACAAAAACAAAACAAAACCAACUCGAAACUACAGGAGAAACAAGCAAAAUUGCAAGGCCGACAGUUUUGGAGGAUCGAUCGGGAAACAUAUAAAUUAAAAAGCGUCUCAGCGGAUGAUGCAAAAAAUAAAUACCCUAAACUUAUAUUUAAAACCAUAUUAAGAUAAAAAAAAAUACAGAUGAGGAAAAUAUACAAAGGUUAUUGAAAAUUACAAUGCA